UAGUUUUGCUCAGGAAGUGAAGAUUUCAGGAGAAUUGUCAGUCUAAUCUACUCCGACAAUCUUAACUUCUGAUUCUAAUCGAGCGUUGGUAGAGUCAUGUCUCUGUUUGGCGAAUACCCGUGCAAAAAUGAAUCAGUCGCUCCAAUCUACAUUUCGUUUACUACGGUCGCGGUAUGUAUUCCGCUGUGUCUAAUUACCGUCGCUGGGAAUCUACUCGUUGUGUUGGCAAUCUUCAUCGAUCCAAACAAAGAUCUCAGAGCACCUUUUAACUACUUUGUGGCCAACCUUGCCGUUAGCGAUCUCUUGAUGGGACUCGUCGUCGACCCGACUGCGAUAGUGUACCAUGUAAUGGAAGGAGUUGCGAGAAAAGUACCCCCUUUAGUCUACCUUCACGUGCCGUACUUCAUUUCAUGUACAGGUUCUGUUCUCAGUCUAGCAGCUUUGACACUGGAUCGAUAUUUGGCGAUAACGUCUCCGCUAUCUUACAGAACACAACUGAAUCCUAAGCGAGCUGGUUUAGCGGCGGCUGGCAUCUGGACAUUCUCAUUGAGUUUCCCUUUCAUAUACCUUGUCACGGGCUACCUUACAUAUUCAUUUGUCUUUCUUCACACAGUCGUAGUUGUCACCCUCUUAGUCAUCCUUCUCACUUAUCUGAAGAUAUUUCGUGUGUUUAAAGAUCAAGUGAGACAAUGGGACUCUUUGGAUCAAACGAACGUGUUCAAUCAGGCUAAGAGACAGGCUGCAAGAUGGGAACAGAAAGUGACCAAGACCUUUAUCAUUAUGUUGACUCUCUUCUUGGCAUGCUACCUUCCUUCUUGUAUUUGCAUUUACAUUAUCAACUUAUGCGGCAAAGUCUGCAGUUGCAAUCUAAUUCACUGGGCAAGAGAUAUUCCUUCUCUACUAAUUUUAGCCAAUUCAGGAGUGAACCCAUUUGUGUAUGCCUUGCGGUUUGAAAAUUUCAAGAAAGCGUUCGUAAAGCUCUUGAGGAACAGAAAGUGUUGUCGACAACAAAACCCAAGAACUGUAGCAUUUGACAACGGUGGACAACUGACUUUAAGCAGUGACUAAUAAAAGGCCACAAACGGGCAAGAUGAGAACACAAAAAGUAACCAAGGCUGAUAUUGUCCCUCUUCUUGCUGUAUCUCCAGUUGUACCUUUAUUCCGGCAAUUAGUCAGCGAUUGUCAUUUUGUUUUGAUAACCUUUGAUCCUCGCCAUUUCAGGAGUGAAUCCGUUCGUUCGUGCUCAGGUUCCGAAAAGUGUUUUUAAAAUCCUCUGACGUGGAGCAGACCUGAACGUGAAGUACAAGUUGUAACCUUCAAAGGGAGUACUGCAAGUUGUUUUGAGUUGCGAACUAUAAGUCUUUCUUUAUCGAGAUCCUCUUAAUCUUUGGCUGGGGAAACCCAAACCAUUGAACUCAUCAGGAGCUCAAGUUAACAUAAUGCCGAGCGAAUUCGAUUUGCGUGAGUUUUAAAAAUUCUUCAUUGCCAACGAAUAGGAUAGGGAUUAAGAUACUAAACAAAGGAUGUUGGUAAAAAAGUGUAGACAAACCUAUCACGACUCUUACCCUCUCGAUUUUGUUCACUUCGGUACGUAUACAUGUAGUUAAGACCAUAUAAGUAAUCCUCUCGUAUGGACUUUUCUCUCCUGUAUGAGAUGAAGGGAGAGUCUUUGUAUAUUUCUUUGAGUAAAGGUCGAUUUUCUAAAAAAUGCCACUUGUCUGCUUAUCUUUAGAUUAGGUCUGAUGGACGAUUAUUGCGUUACAAAGGGCGGAAGUUUCAUUUUUUUGAUACUUCACUUCUGACACUUAAGACACUCAACUGAUUU